UCAAACUGUUCCAUCAUGGAUGAAACACAAACAUCUGGAGAUGAAGAUUACUUUCCAGGAUUCAGUGCAGUUCAUCAGAAAAGAUCAGAACCAGAGUCCAGCUGUGUGUCUAUGAAGAGUGACCAGUCUAUGGAUCCACCAAUGACAUUUAAGAGUGGAGAUUCACAGCCUCGUUUGAAUUCAGUUCAGCAGAAAAGAUCAGAAGCAGAGUCCAGCUGUGAGUUUAUGAGGAGUGACACAUCUAUGGUUUGUCAAGAACAAUUCAAGGGUGGAGAUUCACAGCCUGGUCUCGGUCAUGAAGUCCUCAACACAUUUAAAUCAAAUCUGAAGAAGAAGUUUGAGUGUCUGUAUGAGGGAACAGAAAUGCAGGGAAACCCAACACUCCUGAAUGAGAUCUACACAGAGCUCUACAUCACAGAGAGUGAGAGUGGAGAGAUCAGUAAUGAGCAUGAGGUGAGACAGAUUGAGACACAAUCCAGGAGAACAGCAACAGAGGACACAGCCAUCAAAUGCAAAGACAUUUUUAGACCUUUACCUGGACAAGACAAAGCCAUCAGAACUGUGCUGACAAAGGGAGUCGCUGGCAUUGGAAAAACAGUCUCUGUGCAGAAGUUCAUCCUGGACUGGGCUGAAGGGAAAGAGAAUCAGGACGUCCAGCUCAUAUUUCCACUUCCUUUCAGAGAAAUCAACUUGAUGAAGGGCAAAACACUCAGUCUUUCAGGUCUUCUUCAUGUCUUUUUCCCUGAAACAAAAGAAAUAGAAAUAUCCAGUAAUGGAUAUAAAGUGUUGUUCAUCUUUGAUGGUCUGGAUGAAUGUCAUCCUCCCUUAUAUUUUCAAAGAAAUAAGAUUCUACGGGAUGCAAACAAAGAGACAUCAGUGGACGUGCUGCUGACAAACCUGAUUGUGGGGAAUCUGCUUCCCUCUGCUCUCAUCUGGAUCACCUCCAGACCAGCAGCAGCUGAUCUCGUCCCCUCUGAGUGUGUCCAUCGAGUGACAGAGGUACGAGGCUUUAAUGAUCCACAGAAGGAGGAAUACUUCAGGAAGAGAAUCAGUGAUCAGAGUCUGGCCAAUACAAUCAUCUCACACCUGAAGUCAUCAAGGAGCCUCUACAUCAUGUGCCACAUCCCAGUGUUCUGCUGGAUCUCAGCCACUGUUCUAGAGAAGAUGUUGAGUCGAGCAGAUAGUGGAGAGAUUCCCAAGACUCUCACUCAAAUGUACACACACUUCCUGAUCCUUCAGACCAACAUCAAACAUGAGAAGGACUAUGAGAAGAAGGUGACAGAUGAAGACAUGAUCCUCAAACUGGGGAAACUGGCUUUUCAGCAGCUUGUGAAAGGCAACCUGAUCUUCUAUGAGGAAGACCUGAGAGAGUGUGGCAUUGAUGAGACAGAAGCAUCAGUGUACUCAGGGUUGUGCACUCAGAUCUUCAGAGAGGAGUUUGUCUUGUAUCAGGGGAAAGUCUUCAGCUUUGUUCAUCUCAGCAUUCAGGAACACCUAGCAGCUCUAUAUGCACAUCUGUCAUGUACAAUCAACAACAUAUAUGUGUUUGACCAAACCAAACAAAGGCUGCUGCAUAAGACUUUUAACCAGAAGAAAUAUAGUUCAUUAUCUGAGCUGCAUCAGAGAGCUGUGGAUGAAGAUUUACAGAAUGAGAAUGGCCAUCUGAACCUUUUCCUGCGUUUCCUUCUGGGUCUUUCAAUAAUGUCUAAUCAGACUCUCUUACGAAAACUACUGACUCAGACAGGAAGCUGCUUCUGUAACAAAGAGGAAACCAUUCAGUACAUCAAACAGAAGAUCAGGCAAAAUCGCUUUCCAGAGAAAUCCAUGAAUCUGUUUCACUGUCUGAAUGAACUGGGUGAUGAUUCACUGAUGCAGGAGAUCCAAUAUUAUCUGGAAUAUGGAGAAAUAAAAAAAGCCAAACUCUCGUCUUCACAGUGGUCAGCUCUGGUUUAUGUGUUGCUGACAUCAGAACAGAAGAUGGAUGUGUUUGAUCUAAAACCGUUUAUUGGAGCUCAACAUGCAGGAGAUAGAGUUCUUCAGAAGCUGCUGCCUGUGGUUAAAGAAUCCAGAUCAGUUCAGUGUGGUGCAGUGCAGGUGCAGGUUGGACAGAUGACAGGCAUGGGCUGGUCACGAGUACAAUAUCCAAGACUCAAUCCGGGGGCGAAGGAGACUGGCCAACCUCUGCCUGAGGACAGCAUCCCCAUUCUGCUGAUCCAUAAGCAAACAAGAGCUGCUCUAAUGCUCCAGACCCCGGGUCGAGCUGUGUGCCAGUGCGUGCCUACCGAGCCUUUGGUCAGGAACAAGCCAGCAGUAGGAGGACUCAGAGGAAGCAAAACAGGUUACCUGAGCAUCACUGAAUCGACUCCAGAUGAGCUCGAACCCAGGGUUGGAGUCGCCAUUCUCAGGAGAGUUGCAGUUGCAGUUCUCAGAGCAAGUUGCAACAUGCGACGGAAGCAUAGACCACCACAGGGUCGAGGUCCUUUCCAGGAGCCCGAGGCUGGCAGCACUGAGGGGUUUCCAACCCACAGUGUGUCAAGUGCCAUGCCCAUCUCAGGAUCCGGUCAUGUAGUCCACUUUGUGGGUGUAAUCUCAAACUAUGUCCUGAGAGAGCUGGACCUGAGUAACAAUGACCUGCAGGAUUCAGGAGUGAAGCUUCUUUCUGGUGGACUGAAGAACAGUAAGCUGGAGAUACUGAGGCUAGAGUCCUGUAAUCUCACUGCUCAGUCCUGUGAAAGUUUGUCUUCAGCUCUUCAGUCAUCAAACUGUGUCCUGAGAGAACUAGACCUGAGUAACAAUGACCUGCAGGAUUCAGGAGUUAAGCUUCUUUGUGAGGGACUGAAACAUUGUAAGCUGGCAAUACUGAGAUUGUCUGGCUGUAUGGUGACAGAGGAAGGCUGUGGUUAUGUGUCUUCAGCUCUGAGUUCAAACCCCUCACACAUGAGAGAGUUGGAUUUGAGCUACAAUCACCCAGGAGAUUCAGGAGUCAGGCUGCUCUCUGAAAAACUGGAGGAUCCAAACUGCUCACUGGACAAAUUCAAUGUGGAUCAUGGAGGAGAAUCCAGGAUUACAGCAGGAAUAAAGAAAUAUGCCUGUUUUCUUACACUGGAUCCAAACACAGCACAUACUGAACUCAUUCUGUCUGAGGACAACAGAAAGGUGACACGUGUAAGAGGGCAUCAGAGGUAUCAUCCUGAUCAUCCAGACAGAUAUAAUGUGUGGCAGGUGUUGUGUAGAGAGAGUGUGUGUGGACGCUGUUACUGGGAGAUUGAGUGCAGGGGAGAUGUGCGUAUAUCAGUGUCAUAUAAGAGCAUCAGCAGGAAGGGAUGGCGUAAAGAGUGUUGGUUUGGAAAUAAUGAUCAGUCCUGGAGUUUGUACUGCUUUCCCUCCAGUUACGUAAUCAAACACAAUAACAUAAAGACUGAUCUCCCUGUAGAGCCCAUCAGAGGUAAAACAGAAGUGUAUGAUGAUUAUAUCUUCAGAAUAGGAGUGUAUGUGGAUGAGAGUGCAGGAACUCUGUCCUUCUACAGCGUCUCUGACACAAUGAGCCUCAUCCACACAGUCCAGACCACAUUCACUCAGACUCUUUAUCCUGGGUUUAGAUUUACUAUAUAUCCUGGAUCAGUGAAACUGUGUUGA